AUGGCUGCAAGUCGGAUUGUACUUAUCUCAGGCUGUUCCACUGGUAUCGGGCUGUUUACAGCGUUGCUGUUAGCAAGCGAUCCAGAGAAACGCUUUAAGGUUUACGCCACAAUGAGGAACCUUGAGAAGAAGAGCGAGUUAGAAGAACGAGGCAGGGAAUGCCUUGAUGAUUCUCUGAUCAUCAAGCAAAUGGAUGUCAGCUUCGCUGAUUCGGUUAAAAGUUUAGUUGAUGAAGUGCUCGCAAAAGAAGGAAAAAUUGAUGUUCUGAGUAAGUAUUCGCUUGAUCCUACGCUUUGGACCACUAAUCCGGUCAAAGCAUUAUUAAAAAUAGUGAAUAAAGUAGAGGUCGAUUGUACUGUAAUUUGAUGAGAUUAGCCAUAGAAAAACUAUUUAUAAUGAUUUUUCGGCGACUGUAAACAGAGCUCAGUAAAACAGGCCUAGUUUAAUUAUAUUUCUGAGAACGAAUCGGCCUUAUAGCCUCGUAUAGGGACAGAAAACUGCUUACUCUAUUGUUCUUAAGCUGGCGGUCUGAUUUCUUAGACAAGUACCGUAAAAACACGGUAUCAUGCUACUAAUCCAUAAUAAUUUGUCCUUGUAAUCUUAAGAGCGUUUACAUCAACGUACCCAAGGUAAAUCUCACCACUUCAAUGUCAAAUUUGUUAUUUAAUUAUUUUGCAUGGGUGCUCUCUGCUCUGACUGCUGCAGUGAGAUCAAUAACAAGUACACAAUGAUAUUUAUAUGCCAAACCGCAAGACCCAUGUCAAACUAAAAGUAUGUUAUAUAUUGCAAGACAUGUUCCUCUCGAAAUUUAGGCCGAGGUCUCGAGGGGUUGAGGAAAGUAGUGUUAGUUGGGGGCACUCAAAGUAGUACACGAGGAGGCUCCCUCUCGGAGGUCAGACUCCUUACUAGCCGACGAAGGGGAAGUCUCUUUAGUAUGACUAAGUCACUAACCAGGACGUUUUCUGGUCCUUUUCACAGCCCAAGUUCAUGGCGUCUGUUUGAUGGUUUUUAAAUCUUUCUGCAGACCGAAAUGACGUAUUUCUCUCCCCUUUGAUGUAUAGUUGAACCUCUGCACUAGGGUCACCUUGCGAACAGAAGAAAGUUACAGGGAGGUGGCCGUUAAUGGAGGUUCGAUUGUACCUGAAGCAGUGAAGUCCCUACCCUUUCAUAUACCUGAAGCCUGAAAAAGGUACCCCUCUCUGGCGGAGCUCCCCGUAUAUACCAUUUCAAUAAAUCCAGCUAGUGGUCUAUUACCAAUGCUGCGUUCUGAUUGGUUGAGCUACUACUAGGCUAUAUGUUAUAGCCCACUAGAAGCAAAAAGCAUAGACGGCUGAAUCGCGUUUUGCUAGCUAAAGUUGUUUUGUCUUGAUAUUUUUGACCAAAUAGUUGGAUAUUACUGAAACAAUUAUUCCUCUCGCCCACAUGGCCUGUGAGUCAUAAGCCCAUUCGGCCUUGGGCCUCAUGGGCUAUUGACUCAGAGCCCAUUCGGGCUCGAGGAAUAAUUGUGAAAUAUAUACCCCCGGUAUCCAUCAAAACAAAGAUCUUUAAUUUUUUUUUACCAGUUAACAACGCAGGGGUUGGAUGUGUGACUGUAUUGGAAUGCAUGGCCAUGGAUCAGAUCAAACAAAUGUUCGAUGUGAAUUUCUUUGGAGCUGUUGCGUUGAUCCAGGCCGUUCUCCCCAGCAUGAAAGAGAGACAGGAAGGUUACAUUGUGAACGUAAGCAGUGUAUUCGGGGUAACAGGAGGUCCAUUUAACGAUGUGUAUACAGCGUCAAAGUUCGCUCUGGGAGGCAUAACUGAAUCUCUCGCCCCGGUAUUAAAACAGUUCAAUAUAAAGUGAGUGCAACAGUGAAGUCUUAAGAGCUUUACAUUAGCUUCCACCUACUAAUCAGCCCCACCCACUGUUUGCGAUGCGAGCUACAAUGUGGUCACUUGUAAGUUUUCUUAUAGCUGAUCAUAGGUGAAAGGUAGAGUGAUGAAGCCUUUCCCCAUUUGUAUCCGUAGUAAAGGAAGAGAAAAGUUGUUUCUUCGCGUUUGUUUCAUUCAAGCUGUUCACACACCUUUCAUUUUCUCUUUAUACGAGCGUUGAGUGUGCAUAUGAAAAUAGAAACCGCGGGGCCUGUAACGGCAUCCGCGUGCCCAAAUUUUGUUUGGUAGUAGUUUUAGCUAUUCUCUUUUUGUAACCGCAUUUUACGUCACAAUGAUUCUCCUCUAGCCGUCACGUGACUUUAGCUUAAAUAUCGUAACACCUGCGUAGUUUUUUCUAAGGCUCACAGAUAAUCGACGGGUAACCAUGUCAAGAAACGUCUUAUUGCUAUUGAACUCAGAACAUACUAGAGCGCAAGGGGGGUGGGAAGGCGCAAAAAAUAGGUUUUCUUGAUUUUUCUCGCGCGCACACAUUCUUGUCGGAAAGAAAAAAAACCUCUCUUGACAGGUUAUGUUAAACCGUUCAACUUUGACGAUCCCAACACUAAGUUCGCUGUGUUGAAGUCUUUCUUUGUAAGCCUAGAGAAGAGCAUGGUCUAGGUGGUGAGUAGUGGUUUCUCCAGGGUCCGGCCUGGAGAAAACACUGCUCGCGCAGUAGUCUAGCUAAGUUGGUCAAAGUAAUGUAUAGUUGAUUUAAGCUAAAAUAACUUCAGUUUCAUUGUAAUCUUAUAGGAUUUCACUGGUCGAGCCAGGACCUGUCGUGACUUCUUUUAUAAGUAACUUAAAAGAUAUGGCGGGGAAAGUUGACCUCUCUACCGCUGACCACAAAUCUGUCCAACUCAUGCAGUCUGUCAUUUCCCGGAUGGUUGAUUUAACAGCUAACGUGGGGCAGGAAUCACAGGAGAUAGCUGAAACUAUCAAAGAAAUUGUGACGUCAAAGGAACCUCAGUUACGAUAUCUGACCAACAAAUAUUAUGGGCUUGAUGAAGCAAGAUCUAAAUUAUGUGACCUUACAGGCGAUAAGCUUGUGGAGGUCCUGGAGAAACGUUUCUUUAUCAGUUAA